UACCAACUUACUUUAAAAAAUUAUUUUCAAGAAUCGCAUUUUACGUUGGCAGCACUACCAAAACAAUAACAAAAGCUCUCAUGUGUGCUUCUCAUAUAUGAAACAUUAUUGAAACUCAAUUAUUAUGAUUAAUUAAUAUAUAAAUUUUAGAAUUAUUAUUAUUAGAAAUUAAUAACAAAAUGUCCGGAGCAAUGAGACAAUUGGAAGAACGUCAACUUCCAACAGAAAUUACUAUAAUGAAAUGGUCACCUAAAAUGGAUUUGUUAGCAGUUGCCAAUGUUAAAGGUGAAGUUGCAUUGCACAGAUUAACUUGGCAAAGGGUAUGGUUGUUAAGUCCGCAGAAUGAGUCUGACACAUCCGUAAACUUAACGUGGAGACCGGAUGGUAAAUUAUUAGCUGUUUGUUACGAGUGUUCCAAACUUUUCUGUCUCGUUGAUAUCGAGAAUAAGAAUAUUAUAUAUAAAGUACAAUUGUCGAUUCAGAAUUCUAUUACAAGUAUAACGUGGCUGCCAUUGAUGAAUACAGAGUGCGAUAACUUUGUCAGUAAUAAAAGUAACAUUUCCUCUACUGGUAAUUAUCUUCCUUCAUUGCCUAAUUUAAAUCGUAACAUUGGUCAAGAGUCGGAACGCAAGGAACUUCUUUCGCAAACUUUAGAUAUUUUAUUCCUUGGUAGAGACAAUGGAACAGCAAUGAUGUACGUCUUUGGAAUGUUUUACUGUGGAAAUAUAUUUGUGGGAAAUGGUACGAUUAUUGAAAUCAGCGGAGGAUCUGGUAAACCUAUUUGGAUUACUUGGAAAGAUAACAACAGCAUUGUUGUUAACAGAUAUUCCUGUCCAUUACUUGAAAAAAGUUCUGCAUUCCUAAAGGUAGCUCAAGCGCAAGCGAACAUAGAAUGUUUGAUGGAUUAUCUCUCGCGUACAUUAAUGGCUAUUUCUGAAGCUUGGGAGACGAUUAUUUCAGAGAUGGACGAUAAACUUGCUCGAUACGCUGAAAGCAAUCCGCCUGGUGCAGUCGCAGCAGAUUUUUUAGAAUUAUUGAUGAUUGGCAUACCAACACAAAAUUUAGAAAACUUUCUAUUGCGUGAUCUGACCGAGAAAGGUUUGAAAAAGUUAGGUCACAGUAUCGAGAUGUGCUACAGUAAUAUACAGAAAUUAGUAGUGAAAAAUUUGAAUAGUGUCGGAAUGGCAUUGGUCUAUCAAUUAGCUGAAAUUCGUGGUAUGGUGAGAUUAGGUGGACCUUAUGAGUCUCUCGGUCUCAAGAAUGAAAGUCUCAUAACGAAGGCCCUUCACGCGUCUGAAGCUUUCUUAGCCAAGGCUUCUGAAAUGAAACAAGUAAUCGAUCAUAGCAUGCGGGAUUAUAAAGCAUUUUUUAGAUGGUUGUACGUCGAGAUCCAAAGAUUAACUGAUGAAAGAAUAUCAUCAGAAGUAAGUCGUAUGAGUCAACAGGAGUUAACGUUCAUCGCCGAAUUUCUUAAAGGAUUUGAUAAAAUUGAACCAAGCACUGGUAGUAGGAAAGGUGUGAAUUUAGAAAAAUUAGGACAAUAUUUAAGACACGAGCCUUUACAAGCUUGCUUGACACCUGAAGGAAGCGAAUGGGCAUCCAUGUUAGACGAGAAUCAUUGUCUUCGUGAUCAUCCGCUUAUAAUGAAACAAGAUUUAAAUUAUUCUUUAUUACAAUCUCAUGAAAAACUAGUCAAUGCCAUACACGACGUAUUCGCAGUUGCCUACGAAGAUUUGGUUAAUCAUUUCACAGUAUUACAAACAUCUUUGGUUCCUACGACAAGUGUAUUAUCUUCUCAAAUAGUUACGAGCGAUGGUAAUUUAUUAAUAGCAAGUUCCGACGUCGAACGUAAAUGUUUACGACUAUAUCAAAUCGAAUCGUUGUUCACAAAUACGUCAUCCGUUUCUCUAUCAUUCAAAUCCGCUAUGAUUGAUGUUGAUAACAAACAAGGAUCUUUUACAAAAGGUCCCAUUGACAAUGCUAUAGCUGAUUUACAGUUCUACUCUCAAGAUUAUCUUAGUCUUCUUUUAUUGAACAAACAAAAUUAUACUUCAACUCUUCUACAGUUACCAACGAGUCAUGUAAAAUUGUUAGAUCAUCAAAGCCAAUCUAUGGUAUGUUUAACUGAUCUUAUGGGUGCCAUUUGGCCAAAAUCAUUUCAAGGUAUUUCUGCAAGACGAUUGGCUGUUAGUGGUGCUCGAAAAGUAGCAGCAAUUCUUAACGAGAAUAAUAGAAAAAUAAGAUUGCUUGAAACGGAAGUAGAACCAGAAGAUGAAGACGACGAAGAUGAGGAUGGAAUUGAUGAUAAUAUGAUGGAUACAACGCCGAGUCUAAAUACAACUACUUAAUAUACAAAAAUAUUCGUUUAUAUUCGUGUUCAUACGCUUCAUUAAAAAAAUUUAUCAUUCUUUUUUUGUAUAAUGAAUAAUAUUGAAAAUAUUUGUACAGACAAAUAAUAUAUGUAUAUAUAGAAAAAUAUAAUUGAUGAUUGAAGAUA